AUGACCGGACAACUCGCAUCCUGUGACGUGCUUCUGAUGGUCAUGGACCUCUCAUGCCCGCGCACCGUUGCGGCGAUGAUGCGGACUUGUCGCGCACUCUACGACGACCCAAAGGGCCCAUGGCUGCUACCACACGACGGCGUCACUCUUGCAACGGACACAGAAAUCCUCUCACUUUCAGCCUUUAUGUUCGCGGGUCCUACCACUGCGCGCUUCAACUUCCUACGUACACUCACCGUUGCGGGGGGCGACUUUCACGAAGGCGCUGUGGGUGCGCUGACCGCGAUCCUCACACACGCGUCCCUCAACAUUCAUACGCUGAUUAUCCAUGAUGCGGAGAAGAUCCUUGGCUGCGACGACCUCGUGACGCUCGCCAACAUUGACAACAACCUGAACCACGACACAUCGCGUCCCAAACCAUCUCUCCUCCGCGCAUUCUCUACUCUCACCACGCUCAAGCACAUCACGAUGUCCUCCAUUGGCCAGAAUGGGCGCAAGCUUCUGAGCCUCCUUCCAUCUGGACUCAUAUCCGCCUCUCUCACGUUUGAGCCUCUUGGCUGGGGGCGGGCUUCUCCUGGAGAAGCAGAUGCACGAAACCCAGCCGUGCAUCUGGCUGGCUCUGCGGAAACUCUGGAGGUACUCGAGGGCUCCUGGUUCGAUGCGGCGCCAGUCGUUGGCCAACAUCCUAUCGUGUACCCACGUGUGCGCCGCCUCUGCGCUAGUUACAGCGCGCGAGAUGUUGUGGCCUUGGCGACCGUUGGGUACGCGUACAUAUUCCCAAACGUCGAAUUCCUCGCGCUCACGGCCCAUUGGAAGCCACCCUCUUUCGUCGACGGCCCACACUAUGCUACACGCCAGGCAAACCGUAGGCACCAGGCAAAGUACGGCGGCUGGAGGCAGCUGCGUGUCGUCGAAGGUGGGAUCGAGGACGUGUGGGCACUUGGUCUGAUGCGCCAUGUGCGUGUGCUGCGGGUGAUGGGGGGCGUUACACCGGACCGGGCUCCGUUGUUGCAGGAGGUUCUGGCGGACGUGCAGCCCGCUGAGCUUGUAUUCACCGCCACUGCCUAUCAUCUCUGUGCAACCAAGAACUUACCGAUAUGGUCGUCGCCCGAUAGCGCAAACCCCUUGGAAGAAGUGAACCUGGGGGACGAAAUGGAGGAUAUUUUCGAGGCAUUCGCGGCGGCCAGACUUCCCGAAUUGCGCACGCUCAAACUCACCCUUUCAUAUGCACGCCGCAUAGUGUCGGAACGGCGAGGAUCGUGGUUGUCACUUGCAGAGUCUUACCUCAAGUACGUCGACGAGGACCAGUGUGCCGAGCGCCUCAGGGAGGACAUUCCAUCUCUGGAGAGUGCCGUGGUGAAAAUUCUCAAGCAAGAUGGCUGA